AUGGAGAACGACUUAAUCAUUGGAGGAUCUAUCUUCAAACAUAAGGACAUCCAUAAAGAAACAUGGGUUUCUCCAACUGGGAAAACAAAAAAUCAGAUAGACCACAUCACAAUAAAUAGAAAAUGGAGGACAUCCCUUCAAGAAGUCAAGGCAGAAAGAGGUGCUGAUGUGGGAAGUGAUCAUCACUUACUGGCAAGCCAAAUUAAAUUAAAAUUACGUAAAACGUCAAACAAAAAGCCAGAAAUUCUCUUUAACACUCAGAGGCUGAGAGACCCAGUCACUAGAAACAUCUUUGAAAUCAAUCUCAAGAAUAGUUUUGAAGUACUAGAAGAGCUACCGACUGAGGACAUUGAGAGUGGCUGGACAAAAUUUAAACAGGCUUUUACAGAGACAAGCAGUUUGGUCCUAGGGCAAAAGAAAAAAGCAUGGAAAACAUGGAUGACACCAAAAUCAUGGAAUCUUAUCGAAGAGAGAAAGAAACUGAAACAAGAAAUUCUCUCAAGAAAGGGAAACUUUAUGAGAGAUAAUAAGUAUAAACGGAAGAAUAAACAAGUGAAGAAGAGUGUGAAAGAAGAUAAACAACAAUUCUUUGAAGAACAAACGAAAGAAGCGGAAAAAGCAGCCAACAGAGGAGAUCUAGGUACAUUAUACAAAAUUACAAAAUCUCUCAUAGGAUCGUACCAAAUAAAUUCGUCUUCAACUGUAAAAGGAAAACACGGAACAAGAAUUACAAAACAAGAAGAGGUGUCAAAGAGGUGGAAAGAACAUUUUCAGGAGGUAUUAAAUAGCCACCAAUCGAAGAGAGGCAAUCAUUAA